UUACCGGCGCGAGGAAGGUGAGCGAGAGAAGGCAGGAGAGGAAAAAGAAGACGCUACUUCUGACUAGUAGAAGUAGGGGACUUUGCGUCUGAAACAUUAGGGGAAAAGAAUACCGCACUGGCUGCUGAAUCAUAGACUAACAUGUCAGCAUAUGAAUGAAACCAGAACUAUGAAAGCGCGUGGACAUUUGAGCUUUACCUUUCAUAGAGAGACAAAUAGGUGACUGAUCGUAUAGGAUUACAAUAGUCGCACCCAGACUAUUAUAGUUCUUAGGCAGAAAAAGGGGACCGUCCGAAAGUCAUGGAGUAUAGAGUAGAAAUAAAAAAUUAGCUCGCGUCAAAAGAUUAAAGAAGACGGUCAAAAAGAAAUUGCUUGGAGCAGUUGGAACCUGUUAAAGAAUGGAUUUUAGCUCUAUUCGUAAGUUCAUCACCAGAUGGUGUGCUGGAGAGGAGAACUGGGUGGACACCAGGACGGUGUACAUCGGAAACAAGGAGCCCCCACCGGGAGCGGAGGCCUACAUUCCCCAGAGAUACCCCGACAACCGCAUCAUCUCCUCCAAGUACACCUUCUGGAAUUUUGUUCCGAAGAAUUUGUUUGAGCAGUUUAGAAGAAUUGCCAAUUUCUACUUCCUCAUCAUAUUUCUUGUCCAGUUGAUAAUUGACACUCCCACCAGUCCCAUCACCAGCGGACUACCUCUCUUCUUUGUCAUCACUGUCACGGCCAUCAAACAGGGCUAUGAGGACUGGCUCAGGCACAAAGCAGACAAUGCUAUUAACCAGUGUCCUGUGCACGAGGUGCAGCAUGGGAAGGUGAUCAGGAAACAGAGUCGUAAGCUGAGGGUGGGUGAUGUGGUGCUGAUCAAGGAAGAUGAGACGUUCCCCUGUGACCUCAUCCUUCUCUCUACCAGUAGGGAGGACGGGACCUGUUUUGUCACUACAGCCAGUCUGGACGGGGAGUCCAGUCACAAGACCUACUAUGCUGUGCAGGACACUAAGGCCUUCAUCACAGAGGAGGAUUUCGAUACUCUACAGGCUUCUAUUGAAUGUGAACAACCACAACCAGACCUCUACAAAUUUGUGGGCCGAAUCAAUAUUUAUUCGGACAGAAACGAGCCCAUCGCGAGGCCUUUAGGAUCUGAGAACCUACUUCUCAGAGGGGCGACACUGAAAAACACACAGCACAUAUAUGCUGUUGCCAUCUACACUGGUAUGGAGACCAAGAUGGCGCUCAACUACCAGUCCAAGUCCCAGAAACGCUCUGCAGUGGAGAAGUCAAUGAAUGCGUAUCUGAUAGUGUACCUGUGCAUCCUGAUCAGCAAGGCUCUGAUCAACACAGUGCUGAAGUAUGUGUGGCAGGCUGACCCAGACAAAGAUGAGCCCUUCUACAACCAGAAGACUGACACAGAGAGGCAACGCCAUAUAUUGAUCCGGGCGUUCACAGACUUCCUGGCCUUCAUGGUGUUGUUUAAUUACAUCAUCCCCGUGUCCAUGUACGUUACCGUGGAGAUGCAGAAGUUCCUGGGGUCCUACUUCAUCAUGUGGGAUGAUGAGAUGUUUGACGAGGAACUGGGAGAGAGGGCUCAGGUUAACACAUCUGACCUCAAUGAAGAACUGGGACAGGUGGAGUAUGUGUUUACAGACAAGACAGGCACCCUGACAGAGAACAACAUGGAGUUUAUAGAGUGCUGUGUGGACGGCUAUGUUUACGUCCCUGAUGCCAUCUGUAAUGGACAGGUCAUGCCAGGGUCAACCAGCAUGGACAUGAUCGACUCCUCACCUGGACCAGGGGGCAAGGAGUCUGAGGAGUUGUUCUUCCGGGCGUUGUGUCUGUGCCACACGGUACAGGUGAAGGAGGAGGAGACAGUGGAUGGCAUCAAGAUGGGUAUCCACCAGAACAAGGCCACCUCCUUCUACAUAUCAUCCUCUCCUGACGAGGUGGCACUGGUGGAGGGCAUGAAGAGGCUUGGCUUCACCUAUCUGCGGCUGAAGGACAGUCACAUGGAGAUUCUUAAUAGGGAGGAUGAGGUCGAGAGGUUUGAGCUGCUGGAGGUAUUGACCUUUGACUCUGUGAGAAGGAGAAUGAGUGUUAUCGUCAGGUCCACCACAGGGGAGUACUACCUGUUCUGUAAAGGGGCCGACUCCUCCAUCUUCCCCAGGGUGAUCUCUGGCAAGGUGGAGCAGGUCAAAGCCAGAGUGGAGCACAACGCUGUGGUAAGGACACACACACACACACAUACACACACACACACAUACAGCCACUAUCAGACACUAGAGUCCGUUGUCAUAAAGUAGCUCCAAAAUCAGACU